CCACCUGGAGGGAGGGAGAAUCCCAAGCCUCGACCAUCGCCCUCUUCGCCCUGGUGAAGCUUCAUCCACGCGAUCCACGCCUGAUUGUCUCAGUCCAAGAAAGAAGCUUGUCCGUGUCGUGAUCUGAAAUUCUGUUACUCAUUUUAUUGUCGGUCCCGGGCAACUCUUGUCAGAAUAAUACUUGAGAGUGCGGAGGUGAGGAAGAGUCAACGGUCACUAUCACUCAAAGAUACGGUCCAUGGCGUUUCGCUGCCCGCAGCUCAACAGCUGACUGGUCUCAACCCGUCCAGAAGGCCCCAGCUUCGACUUCCAAGGUCGAGUUCAAAACUUGUGCUGGAUAGAGAGAGACUUACGUCAUUUGUGACGUGGAUCGUCCAGCAAAGGACGAAACAUGGCACUACUCUUCGGAAUAACGUUAUCCCUAGUACUGGCUGCAGUAUGUGGAUCGCAACCAUUUCUGGUCGGAGGUCAUUUGGACAACACCAAAGAUCAUCGGCUCUCCGGCGAUGACUCAGCACCCGUAAUCAUCUCCAGGAGAGCGGACUUUGAUGACCUGGAUCUCGACCUGGACCUCACCGCCGAUGAAAGUGUGGUUGAACCUCACACUGAUGAUCAGCCUGAAGCUCGUUACAGAAAUCCCUUUCCCUUCGCUUUCAACGGCGGAAAACCUUUUUCUCUUGAGAAAGAUCCCGUCACAGGUCAGAUUGACUUUGAAAAGGCACCGCCUCUAAAAGCUGUGAACUUGACCGAUCAGUACGACGAAGAUGAGUUUCAAGAGCAGGAAUCUGGUCAAGAAAAAGAAGCAGCCUAUUUGAAGAAAACCACCAAAGGGAAAAAUGAGAUCGCAGUUGGACCCAAUGAGAUCAAUCCUUACUCGCCAAGUUUUCAUGAUUUUCUCAAUCUACCAGUUCACUAUUCCUCUGAAAAAUAUGGCAAGGAAAAGUAUCCUUUAAUAUCCAGUUCUUACGCCAACACGAAGGUUCAAAGUGGAUCUAAUCUUUACAGUACCUACAAUCACAAAACCUAUGAUGAAUCUACAACCAGGUCUUCAAAUGUCGUAACUCGAAGAGCCUACACUACCCAAACUUCGACUGAACCAACUACAACCUCCACGACUACUACAACAACAACUACUACAACAACUGAAUCCCCUACCACUACAACUCAAAAAAGUUCCACAACCACUUCUACUCAACCUUCAAUAACGACCUACAAACCCACAACCAAGACAAGAUACGAAGAAUACGAAGACAUACUACCAAUAGAAAAACUGCAGACUCUAAAAUACGAGAAAGAUCGACGUGGACCUAAUGAUCUCUCCUCACAUUCUACGCGAGCACCAGUGGUUGAUGAAUACAUCUACGAUUAUCAGGAAGAACAUCAGGAUCAUUAUGCAAUCGUUACUUCUCCCCCGAAAGAGAAAACCGUUGCUACAACUCCAGAGACUAUGACAACUUCCACCUCGACUGCAUCUUCCAUGCCAACUCAAGAGGCUGUAAUGGAGAUAUCCACAAAGGCUCCUCAAGUUAUUUCACAUGUCACAUCAAUGCCACUCGACAACGGAAACUUAAAAGACUCCUCCCACGAAAAUGUUCAUAGGCCAGAUUUUUUCAAUGCUGUCUCGGGUCCAGGACACAUUCAUUUUCCAAAUGGUCGUCCAGUGGGAGGUAUCCUACCAGAAAGCACAAGUAAUAUAGUGAUUCCUCCUGAUCAGGAUACAGUCUCCUUCGUCCUUGGAAAUCUCCAGAACGUAGAAGGUAGUUACUAUACUCAUGGUUCUUCUGGUGAAAGUACUUACAGUGGUGUUAUUGGCGAGGGAUCCUUUCGCCCUGUAAUCUCCUCCCCAAGUCAGCAAUCUGGAGGAUCUCCAGUGGAUCGAGUUACGAUAGCUCUCCCUUCGGUAUCUGUAGUUGACAACUCCAAUCCACAGUGGUUCAAGCCAAGACCCAUUGGUACUCCAAUUUCGAAUUCUCAAAAUUCUAUAGCCAAUGUUCCAAACUCUAAUUCGAUACCGAGUGCAAACUCUCCAAUCACGAAUGAAAUAGAUCCCUCAGGACUGAGGCCACCAUUAAGGAAUGAACAAGUACCAGAAUCAGACAAGAAAGAUGCAGAUUUCCAAACGGGGUAUGUUGUAUUCCCAGGUCCGAGUAAGAGUCAGGAUCCUCAACAGCGACCUGUUGAAGAGCACGUUGUAAUAAUAAAUGAAGCUGAUGGCACCAUUAAGGAAUUUACAACUUCAACGACAAAACCCGUGGAGCCGGUGAAUAAUGGGAUACCACAACCAGCUGAAAACUUGACGCCACCAACGGAAAGACCGAGACCAGGUCCAGGUCCAGGACAGAGGCCGCCUUAUUCUCACUAUCAACAUCUUACACCUAAACCAGAUUUCGCAAGACCUUCGAGACUCCCCUUACCACCCAGAACUAAACCAAUCUCGGACGCAGUGGUUUAUAAGAGAAGGCCUGUUUCUCCAGAUACGAAACUUCCUAAUAUUCUGCCCCAGUUCCGACCAAAUGCAAAAGCUUCCCAUGGACAUCGGGGCUCUGAGAUAAUAGGAACUCUACCUGCUGGUCAUUAUCACAGACCUAGACCAUCAUCAUCCUUUUCGAGACGUCCUUCUCCUCCACCCUCAUAUUUGCAGAUACUCAGUCCUCCACCUCUUCCUACGGGAUUACACCAAGUACAUCAUAGAAACACCAGUCCUCCAAAAGAUAUCUCUAACUCGGAUGUUAAGAGAAUACUUCCUCCGAAUCCACAAGGAAAUCCUAUUAGAGAGAUUGAGAGAGUUCAACAACAUUUUCCAGCCUUAGUUCAAAAACAGAAGCCCCACCCAGAAGAGGAUCGGGUUGACCGAUUUUCAGUGGAUCCACCUCAGGUGCCACCCAGACCAGUUCUCUUCCCCAGACACAGAACCGAUGACAACGUCCCGAGAGUCGCUACUCUUCAAAUGAUUCAACAACGCGGAGGUCUUGACGAAAGUGUCGUCAGAUCAAAUCUUCCACCUCCUCUGAGAGGAAACUUGAGAGACGAUAAGAACACACGGGAAAAUCAAACAGACGCUGAGCGAAGGAAGGACGACUUCAGGGACACUGAAGAAACAGAACAACCAGUUUAUGUCGUUUAUCCAGUCAAUACUGCUGUUAACAUCGGCCAAGACGAUUCGAGAGAAAAGGAUUCAAGUGUCGUCGUUGGCACUCGCGGCCCUCAUCGACCUCUGCCUCCUGACACUCUUCUUCAAGGCGAGGAGAGUGAAGAUAACCCCGAAGCAUCUCCCAUUGUUUCUCUACCUGCCAAACAUUACACCGAUGCAGCUUCUCUUUCCGACUUUCCAUAUCCUCUGGAAAGACCAGAUCCAGCCUUACUCUCAGGACCCGUUCACGAAACGCCUCUUCUUGUCCCAAGCGAUCAGAGACAGCAGCAAGAGGAAGGAGACGGAAAUCUGAACCAGGAUCACGAUGAAAAACUGAACUUGCAAGAUUUCGUACCGUUCCCAGCGAAGAAAAACAACGCCAUCUCCACGACUCUUCUUCGACUUCCACAAAACAAUCUUCAAACUUCAACUCCAAUUGCCUACGUCUUCACUCCAACCGCCGAGCCUAUUCACCGUUUGGAUUUUGACUCUGAGAUAUUGAAAUUUGAUCGCAAUGAGGAAAAACCAGUGCUUCUUCCAUCCCAGCAACCCUCAAGUUCAUCAAGUUCUGCUCCAUCGCCCCAGAACUUCAUGGCGCCUUUCAUAGCCAGUGUGAAUGCAGAAACUCCUCCGAGAAACGGCUGGAAUGUAGUUACAGUGAAUGACAGAAAUUCUGCGACUGAUGAGAAAGAUGCUUUGACUGCUGAAGAAACUCAGACCGAGCGAAGCGAAUUCGAUCCGGAUAAUUUCAAGCCACAACUUUUCGGAGGAUUCAAACCGAUUUAUGAAUUUCCAACGGAGGAGGAACAUGAGGUUCCACGUGAAAAGGAAGAAGUUAAAGACAUGCCAAGGAGUUUGUCUUAGAAAAGAUAAUUAGAAACUUAGCAGCGCAUUAGUGAAUGACUGCGGAAUAUUUCUCUUUUGAGCAUUCCUUUGACGUUUCUUAAAAAAAAAAUUGGAAAGGAAUACUGAAAAUUGCAAUCUCUGAUGUUGCACAACACAUUUAGUAAAACUCUUGAACAAUCUCUGCCGAUUAAAGAGAUUCUUCUCAACCUACGCUUUUUCUUUGGCUCGGAAAGCCGACGAAACUGAUUACAACUGGAUCAGGGAACUGAUUUAGUUCUGCUAAUCUUACUAUAAUUUUAUAUAAGUAUUAAUUAUAAUGUUUUAAUAACUAUUUAUUAAGUAGUAUGUAUUUAUUAAAGUUCUUACCUUGCGUGUCUAUUGUGACCGAAUCAGAUUCGGAUUCUGUACAGUGUUCCGCACUCGAAUUUAAGAUAUUUUCUUUGUUCCCAGUGAGCACCAAAUUCGGUCACGUCUUUACGACAUCUUUACGACAUCGUUACGACAUAGUUACGACAUAUUUACGGCAAUUUUACGACAUCCUAUGUCCAUGUCAUUACGGUGUCUUUACGAUAUUGU